CGCUUCCCCCUUCCUUCCAAAUUCGUGUUGUUUCAGGGUUUUGGCUGAGAUCUAUAGGAUUCGACGGGCUGCCUGCGCAGUCUCUGCUACAGAAACUUCUCGUUCAUGCUCUCGUGGUGGAGCCGUGGAAGAUCAGAUUCUGACAUUGAAACUGCACCGCGCUUCUCGAUCUCGAUUCUUGGCGAUGGUUGCACCGUUCGAUAUUGAUUAUUGAGCGUCCUCGCGCCGCCUGCGCUCAAUCUACGGAAUGGGGCGGCGGAAUCCGAUGAGAAUCCUACUUCUGUGUCUUCUCCUCGCCGCUUUGGCGGCGGCCGCCCGCGGCACCACCGACUCGGGCGACUACGAGAUACUCGACGAGUUCCGCAAGGGUUUAACCAACGCAGAGCUUCUCGGCUGGCCCGAUGACAACCAGGAUCCAUGCGGCACCCAGCGGUGGCAAUUUGUCUUCUGCUCCGGCUCCCGCGUCACGCAGAUUCAAUCCAAGAACCUCGGAUUGAAUGGAUCUCUCCCCGCCGACUUCAACAAGCUCUCCAUGCUCGAAAACAUCGGCCUCCAGGGCAACCAACUGCAGGGGCCUCUUCCCACCUUCAGAGGGCUCUCCCGACUCCGAUUUGCCUUCCUUGGAUCCAACCAGUUCGACUCCAUUCCGGCCGACUUCUUCGUCGGCCUCGAUAGCUUGCAAGAGAUCAGUUUGGACAAUAACCCAUUGAACAAGAAGAGCACAGGGUGGAUUCUUCCGCCGGAUCUGGCCAACUCGGCUAUGCUCGUCAACUUGUCCUUGUCUAAUUGCAAUGUCAUCGGCCCGCUGCCUGAUUUCCUCGGCGACAUGCACUCCUUGAGCCUCCUCAGGCUGUCGUCCAACAGCCUCACCGGAAAGAUCCCGGCGAGCUUCUCGGACUUGCCGUUGCACACCCUGUGGCUCGACAACAACAAGCUGGUUGGAGAAGUUCCAUUUGACUUAGCAAAUUCGCCGAAGCUUCAAUCGUUGCAUUUGGGCAACAACGACUUCAUGGGGCCGAUUCCAAACGUGAGCUUCGUUGACUUCACAUAUUCCGGAAACUCAUUUUGCCAAUCCGUGCCUGGAGCUCCUUGCCCUCCGGAGGUUUCAGCACUCUUGGAUUUCCUUGACGGUGUUGGGUACCCGCAGAAUCUCCUGGUCUCUUGGUCUACGAACAAUUCUUGUACUGCUUUGGGCAUAACUUGUUCUGGUGGCAAAGUUUCUGUGAUCAACUUGCCAAACUAUCAUUUGAAUGGCACCAUUAGCCCUUCACUUGGGAACUUGGAUGCGCUUUCUCAGAUAUUUCUUCAAGGCAACAAUCUCACUGGCACAAUCCCUUCGAGCUUGACUAAGUUGAAAUCGUUGAAAUUGUUGAAUCUUUCUUCGAACAGUAUUUCACCUCCUUUUCCAGAGUUCUCCAGUGCAGUCACGGUUAUUCUUGAUGCCAAUAAAUCAUCUGUUACACCAGGCUCUUCAGGUGGUUCAUCUUCUUCCAGGUCAAAAACUUUGGUUAUUGUUGUUCCCAUUAUAGCAGCCAUCUUAGUUACUGUAAUCGUUAUUCUGUUUCUUUUUUACUCUAAGAAAUGGAAAAAGUAUAGCUCUCCACCAUUCAGCCUGGUUCCUCAUCCUAGAGAUUCUCCUGAUCCACAUGGACUAAUCAAAAUUGCAACUGCAAAUAAUGCCGAUAACAGAGCAGCUGAUAGAGAGCUGUUUAGAAUAAACAACAGUGACGACACAGAUGCACAUUUGAUUGAAGCAGGGAACUUGGUGAUAUCGAUCCAGGUUCUUCGUGCCGCUACCAGAAAUUUUGCCCCAGAGAAUGUGCUCGGCCGUGGAGGAUUUGGAAUUGUAUACAAGGGAGAGUUACAUGACGGAAAGAUGAUUGCAGUGAAGCGAACAGAAUCUUCAGUGGUGAGUAACAAAGCGUGGGACGAAUUCAAAGCCGAAAUUGCUGUUCUUUCAAGAGUCCGCCACCGUCAUUUGGUAUCAAUAUUGGGCUACUCCGCGGAAGAGAAUGAAAUGCUUCUUGUUUAUGAGUAUAUGCCCCAAGGGGCUUUAAGCAAGCAUCUUUUCCACUGGAAAAAGGAGAGGUUGGAGCCUUUGACGUGGAAGAAGAGGCUUAACAUUGCACUGGAUAUCGCUAGGGGACUUGAGUAUCUUCAUAGAUUUGCUAAUCAAUGCUUUAUUCACAGGGAUUUCAAGUCAUCUAAUAUACUUCUCAGCGAUGACUACAGGGCUAAAAUUUCAGAUUUCGGGCUAGCCAAACUUGCCCCUGAUGAAAAACACUCUCUUGCUACUAAACUUGCCGGAACUUUUGGGUAUUUAGCUCCAGAGUAUGCAACGACCGGGAAGGUUACAGUAAAGGUUGAUGUGUUCAGCUUUGGAAUAGUGCUGAUGGAGCUCUUGACUGGUUUGAUGGCUCUGGAUGAGACUCGUUCUGAACCAAGUCGAUACUUAUUGGCGUGGUUCCGUAGCAGGAUGAGUAUCAAGGAAAAUUUGAAGGAAAUAAUCGACCCAGUAAUUACACUUACAGAUGAUACCUUCGACAACAUUUGUAUCAUUGCUGAACUAGCAGGUCAGUGCGCUGCAGAAGACCCCCGCCGGCGGCCGGACAUGUGCCAUGCAGUGGGUGUACUCGCACCGCUUGUUGAGAAAUGGAAGCCUGAAGACGGCGACGAGGAUGAGUAUUGGGGGAUCGACAUAGGCAAGCAACUGAUGGAGAUUCCGGCGUAAGCUCGACAAUCAAUAUCAACACAGAGGGAAGCAUCCCUAAUGCGCCUGAUGGAUUGGAGGCAUAUCUUGAAGGCGGCAAGUAAAAAAACAGAGUACAGUGCUCUGCUUUCUUUGGGUUAGUUCGAGUUUUCUUAUAAAUGAUUCAUUUAUCAUGUCUGAUGGGAAUUAGUUUGUAAUUUUACUGCGUGAACAU